UAUCAAGAACCAGAUAUCCUGGAACUGCAAGCACAAGCACGACCACACCCAUAACCAGCGACACGUAUAUCAUGCGAUGAGGGCGAAGAGAUACGUGAGACUUGACUCUCAGAAGCUUUGAUUCCUCGGAAAAUGGCAGUCCAAGUCCAAGCAGCUUCAUGCCCUUCCCUUAGCACCAGGAUCUCACUCCUGUCGAAGCCAUCGUUCGCCAUUGCUCUCCCUCGGUCCCUCGCUCCAUCAGAUGCGAGAAGGGUGCGACAGAAGAGAUUCAAGAUUCGUGCCGAACUAGGGGGAAGUGAUGGUGAAAUCAAGAAAGAAGGAAAGAAGAAGUUCAUAACCAGAGAGGAAGAGCCUCAACAAUACUGGCAGUCAGCAGGAGAGAGGGAAGGCGAGAAUCCUAUGAAGACGCCCAUACCGUACAUCAUCAUUUUCGGCAUGUCGACUCCCUUCGUCAUAUUGGCCGUUGCUUUUGCCAAUGGUUGGAUUAAGGUACCUGUCCGAUGAUCUUACUGGACAUCGUGCCUACUGCUGUGAUUCCACGGCUGGAGUUCUUAAUGCUACUUGACAUCCUUGUCAAAUGUUUGAAGAACAUCUUGCCUUUUUCUAUUAGUAUCCAUUUUGUCCGGAUCUUAUUUCACAUAGUCAAACAGUUUAUUUCUCAGUGAUAUGUUCAAAUGUAAGAGUAUUUGAUGUAGAAAUUGCAGCGGUAGCCAAACAUUGUCGUAGGCUUAAUGACGGUUGAGUGGAAUUGUAUAUCAGAAGAGAGUGAAAUGAAAUACAGAAGACAAUUUCCGCUUCAUCCUUA